UGCGCCAAGCGAGGCUCGGGCUCCGUGCGAGCCGCGCUGGGCCGGCUCCCGACAGCCCGGCCGCAUGGCGGCGGCGGGCCGGGAUCCCGGGCGGGCGGAGCGCGGCGCUGAGGGAAGGAGGCGCCCGAGCCGACCCGGGAGCAGCGGCCCGGGAACCGCAGCUCCCGCCAUUCCCUUCGCGGGGCGCGGCCCGCCGACCCGGAGCAGGAAGCAGAGGAUGGCGUCCCUUGACCCCAGGGCGGCACUGAAGAGGGAGCGGGGAAUGAUGGAGAUGGGAUGAGAGAAGUGUCCUGCACUGCAAAUGGCCUCCUGUUUGACACUUAUUGCUUGCUAGUCUGGAGCCAGCCUUGGUGGAUGAGGAAGGUUGGUGACUCUAAGAUGUUUGAGAGAAUCAAACGAUCUGAUGGAGCUUCUGCUUCUUCAGCACAAGGAAUCCAAAGACAUGGUGUUGAGAGCUCUCCACGACAGGACAGCAGUAGCAGUUUACACAGAAGAGGGCAAGAACAUCCUGGGCCCGGAGCCCCCACUGUGCGAAAUAGACAAGGGUACUGCAACUGUUGCCACGUACACUACAGCAAUCUGGAACAGCAUAUUUUCAGCUCCCAGCACAGACAUUUUACAACAUACUGCAGGAAUCGUACGGGUACCAGUAGCUUGAUGGAGCGUUUCCUUCAAGAUGUUUUGCAGCAUCAUCCCCACAGAUACCAUGACAGCAGACCAACCUAUGAUGACAUGCCAUUCCCCGUCACUCUAGAGGCUCCUAGGAUUUCUUGCCCGUCCUCAGAAGAGAUGCAGAAAAAGAGAAAUAGUGAGAAACAGGAGAGUUCCAGCAAAGACCAGGAGUCCCUUCGUGAAAUAGGUUCUUCUGUUCCAUGCCUGUCUCGUGAGGGUACAAAGAAAACUUCUGUUACACAAGCAGGUUUUCAAAGACUUCAAAGAGACCAGGAACGUGUUCCAGGAAUAUCCCAGCAGUCUGUUGGCAUUUGUAGCGAUAAGAAAUGGGUAAAUCUGAAACACGCUCGAAUUGCAGAUCAGAGCCAUGAAGGCCAGUCUACAGCUGUGAGCCCUGUACCUCAGCAGUUUUCUCUCAGUCCUACAAGCCACAGUUCCUCUGUUAAUCCUAAAACAGGAAAAAAUGUUAGGGAUUUGGCAGCAUCAAAUCUGUUUCUGCAUAGAGGAUGUGAUGAAAGAGCAGGGGAGGACUGCAGUAGGGAUAUGUUAUUGAAGCCACGCUUGAAUCGUGCUUCAGCACUGGUUCACCCAAAAUGCCCUUCAGUUUCUCAUCGGAUUCCUACAUGCAGCCACAGCAAUUCUUCCUUUAUUACCUCAGGUCAAUCUCUCUCAAAGCGAGAUAGUUUACGAACUCAGGAUGAAACUUUGGUGUCUGAUCUCCAUCUCAGGGAUACUGUGGGUAUCAGCAGCUCCCUUGAUCUUGGGACAUCCCCACGGCUAGCAAGAUGCAAAAACAUAAAGACAAACAGAGGUGAUGAAAGUUCAGUGGAUGAAACUAUUGAAGAUGUAAUUGUGAAAUACUGCCAUGAAACUACAUCUGAAGAAAUCUAUUUCAAAGAAGAGAAUAAUCCCAGUGUACCUUUUUCAUCACUUCUGGACCAUACUAAUUUAGAGGGCUCCGAAAUGAGUUUUGACUGUGAUGCACCAAUACAGGUAGGAACAAAUUUACCCAAGGCAGCUAUAAAAGAUAUAGAAUUCCUGAAAGAAGUCCAAGUAUGUUUGCAAGAUAAAGACUAUGGAACACAGCUCUCUUCUGUUUUAAAAACGGAGUCAUCAGAGAAAAUAGAAGCAGUGAAAAAGGAUGUUGUAGUUCAUACCGAAGAACCAGUUCUUCCAGCCCUGCCUCAUGUGCCUCCUUCUUUUGUGGGAAAAACUUGGUCUCAAAUAAUGUAUGAAGAUGAUAUAAAAAUUGAAGAACUAGUGCGUGAUUUCAGGGAAGGUCGUUUUCGCUGCUACUUUAACAGUGAAUCCUCAGCCAACUGUACAGGGAAGAGAAUGAAGAAAAAAAAGCAGAAGGAUGAAAAAAGGAUCAAUAUUAUUGAGGGUAAUAGAACAGAAAGUGCACCAGUUAAAGCACUGCCAGAAUUUCAUGAUGCUUUGAGUGGUGGCUCUGAUUUUGAUAACCCAUCUUUAGCCUCAGAUACACUAUGCAACCCACAAAUUGUAAAAAUGCCUAGGAAAAGGACGUGGCGCCUGGCCUCAAGGUGUCAGGUGGUUAAAGUCAGCCAUGGCACACAAACAAGUCUGCUGAACUACCCUGUAGCAAAAAGGAAAAUGUAUAGAAGGGAAUCUGAUCCAGCUGAUCAGAAAGCAAGCAUUGCAUGGCUGGAGAACGAAAAAACUCCAAACAUGAAAACUAGGCUAUGUGCCCUUAAACUUCCAGAGUCCUAUAGCAAGAUCAUGAAUCCUGUACAGCCCAAGACAGUGGUAUAUGUACUCUCGUGCCCAGAGGUAAAACAGUGCAAAGGUAAACCUACAGAUAUUCCCAAAAUGAGGAAAAAUCAUCACUCCACAGAUAGCAAGGACUCGGUAAGAUAUAAAUACAAACAGUCUUCUCUCAAAUAUUAUGACCCACUGACAAAUCGAAUUCUGAAAACACCUCCAAAGAGUACAGUUGGAGAAAAGGCCAAAAAGCCCUCUCAUGUUCGACAGCUUUUCAGAAGUCUCAGCUUUGAUGCAAACAUGAAGAAACUAGCUGAUACACAGAGAGAGAGCACGCCAUCAAAGUCACUCAAUUGGUCAGACUUCUGUAGUUCUUCAGCAUCUUUCCUGCCCGAUCGAGAUAAAGGGAGUGAUGCAGCCUCAAGUCAAAAGGCAGAUGGACCAUCUGUUGCCACAGAAAGGACAGAUUGUCUUGUAUCUGAGAACUCUUUUAAACACCUAAUCAUUUCACCUUUGAACUCUGUGAUAGAAGGAGAUUGUAGAUUAAUUCCAUUUAAUAGAAUUACCAAAACUCCUCUGACCUCCAUCAGGAGUGAGUGGUCAGAAAGGGAGACUCCAAAAGCAAUAUGGAAGAGAAAAGAAGGCACUAACAAAGAACCAGUUUUUUCCAGAAAGGCUGCAGGAUCUAAGUCUGUCAGAUGUACUCUUGCAAGGAGAGGAACCAGAGUAACCACAGGCAAACAAACAUCCAGGACUAAAAAACAGCAGAAAGAGGGGAUGAGAAGACAACUUCAGCCUUGUGCCCAGAAAUCUGCUUUCUCCAUCCAUAGGUGCCAGACAAGGAAAACUACAGUGGGAAAACACCCUAAGAAAGAGAAGCCUGAUGCUAAAAAAUUAAAGGUGAGGAGGAAACCAAAAAGGGCCUUUCUGAACUCAACAGUUGUAACAGGGAUUCCUGAAAAAAGGCAGAAAGUCACAUCAGAAUCUUUUCCCAAGAAACCAGAGCAAGCUUCCUCCAAAGUCAGGAACUGGGAAGUAAGUGGAGAUCGGGGUCAUCCUGGCACUGUGAACCGACCCUCUAGAAGAACUUCUGCUGUACCAUUACUUCGAAACUGUCUUGUUCUACCAGGUGAGAGCUAGCUACCAAAAGAACUUUUUUCUUCUUUUUUUUUUAUAGCCAGCACCUGGAAGAAGGAAGGAGAAAAAAAGGAGGCCAUAGACAAUGCAGUUGAAGUGCUAGAGCUCCAGAAAGCGCAAAGCCAGUCUAAUGUGAAAUAAAUAAAACUGUAAACUCAGCUCUUGUUCCUGGAAUAUGGGGGCACUAUGUAUUGCACUGUUCUACUGUGUAAAGCUGCAGAAAUUGUGGAUUUGAUUUAAAAGCACUUAUAAUCAUACUUACUAGUCUUCACCAGUACAUCAGCAAAAUGACCUUGAAUGGUAUCAUAUUGUUAUUAUGGUAUUAUCAGUGCAUAACAGUGCACUAUAAUAAGGUAAUUUAGAAGCUGUGUUAAUUAAUUGUGCCUAUUUUAAUUUUGUCAGUUCUAAAAUGCAGAAGAUAACUCAGUUGCUAUGCUAGAAAUUUAAUGAAGAUACAUCAAUCAGGGCAGAAUUCUGUGUAUGUAUUUUGUGUUUGUGUAUAUGUGCACCUUCUUCAACACAUAAUAUAUACUUGCCUGUGGAAUGGCAUUAAAAUUAAUACAGUAUGAUACAAUUCAGAUCAAUUCAAUGCUUUCUUGAAAUGAAAUAUAAUUUUACACAUUUUUGUAUAGACUUUGUUCCUGAAAUCAUGUCCAAAGCUUUUUUUUUUUGGGCUGAAAGUCGCUGUCGGCUCUCAUCAAGCAAUAAUGGACCAUGCUGGUAAGGAAAUAUGUUUCCUUAGGGGACUGUUCAAAUGGUGGUAGCUGAAGUGAAAUCUUGAAUUCUGAAAGAAAUACAGGGUUAUGUUUGGGGGCUUUUUUGUUUUUUUAAUAGCUUGUUGAUUAAGUUUGUAGGUGAAUUUCACAUUCCUUAGUGAGGGGGAUGGAAAAGUUAUAAUGCAAACAAAUAGCAGUAAGUUGUUUUAGAAUGUCAGCCUUGAGUUUGGGGUUCUGUGCUUUUCUAGCUCUAUUUGGUGUAGUGUUGGUUAAAUUUUUAUGGACUAGAGUUCAAACUUUCUUUCUAAAUAUUCAGUAAAAUAUUUAAAUAAACCUAACACAGCAUCCAUCUAAAUGUAUUAGAGUUCAAAUAUUUGGUUAAAAACCUGGUUGAAUAAAAAUUAUAUUCCACAGCGAUUCAAGUUCGGCCACUGAUGUUCCAUCUACUAUGGUUUUAUGGCAAAAAAACCCCAAACCCAUGGUGGUUUAGAUUUUCUUUCUUUAUUUAAUAGUUGUUAUGAUGACAGUUUAUUUGCUGUGGUUAGAAGACAUAAAGCCAGUCUUAUGGAUGUUUCUGUGCUUUAAAACCGAAGAUUAAUGGUUCAUUUACAGUAAAUUAAGCACGCAGUUAAACAUCAUCAUAAUCCAGGCUUUGGUUUUCAAAUCUUCAGUUUGAUAUAUUAUAGAAUCUAUUUUACCUUGAAGGUCUUCAUAAAUUCUCUAGUGGUACAGUACAUUUUUCAGAACACAAGAAAAACAUGGAAAAGAACAGACCCCGCUGUCUCUGGCAUUGAACAUAUCUGUGCGUUUUUCCCUCAGAAAAUGAAACCAUUCUUGAUUCUUCAUUCACUUCUUUCUGAAGUGUCAAGGGUCACAGAUUUGGGCUGAGAUAAAGGUAGACUUGGAAAUGGUUUAUUUUAAUAUACAGUAUCUGAAGGAAAUAUAAAAGCUGUCAUCAUAAACCACAUGUUCAGAGAAUAUUUUGAGGAUGUUUUUAAUGUAUAUGCCUAGUUCCUAAGAUAAAUAAAAGAUGUGCAUGUGUCAGCUGGAAAAUAAGUUCCUUUACAAUUCAAAUAUGGUCUGACAGAUUUUUUAAUUUGUUUUGUUUUAAUUUAUUUUAUUUUUUAUAUAAAAGUUGAUUUCUUUGGACGAGUUUUCCUAUGGUUGUCUGUAGACACAGAAUCAUAUGACUGUAUUGCAAGUCACUGGAAAAUGAAGGGCUAUAAUAUAAAUUUUUAUAGCCCUCAACUAAUUGUGCCUGUAUAAUUUAAUAUUUUGUCUAAUAUAAAACUGAUGUUUUUAAAGCAAAGUUUUAAAGGAAUGGUUUUUAUAGAAAGGCUAAUUUUUAGAUAAAGCAAAAGAAGAUUUUUAAAUAAAGUUUGUUUUAAAGCAAAGCUUUAACUAUAGAUAAGUCCCAUUCUAACAUAUUUUUAUGAUACAAUAAUGUUUUCCUAUCUAACUUCUUCCAUCUUAUUUUUCACAGUAUUUCACAUGUGAAAAGCAUGAAUUAUUUUGUGGGUGAAUAAGUUUUAAUGCACAUUGUACUUUAAGAACACUAGUGUGUAUUUGUUUAGAGUCAAAAUACUGUUCUCUCUACUCAUUCAUUGUACGUUUGUCUUAUUCCAGUGCACAACUUUUCCUUGAAAUCUUGAGUAAUAAAGAUGUGUUGAGGACUAUAAAA